AACUCGCUGCGACUCGGAACUCUCAGAUCGACUGUGAAUUAAUUAAAACAUAUACGUUUAUUAAUUAGCCUAGUAUUGGAUACAUCAUUUUCAUCGUUUAGACACUUUUUGUUGCGCAAAAAGGAUGACGACAAACCUCUAUCAAAUCUUAAUUAAGUAAUAUUUCGUUGUUACGUCAAAUAUGGAGCGUUCAUUCUUGACUGACCAAUGAUCCAUCCCGUCCAUCUUUGGCUGCAUUGGGGGCGCAGAAUCCACUUCUGUCAGAGAGACGCACUAGCUGUUACUGAGGAUGCAUUGAACUUUAUGAAGGAUUUUUUCGCCCCCACAUUGUUCCCAGAAGGAUACCGGGAAAAUACUCAUUGGAAUCAUCUGUAUGCUUUGCGCAUUGCGUAAUUGGCAAGAAAAUGCGCUUUGGCCGUUUGUCAGGCUGUACAUAAUGUUGGGACCAAUCUCUGCUGGAAGGUGUUUGUCACACCAUGUAUGUUGUAAACGCAGCAGAAACAAGGAUGAGAGUGCCUAAUGUGCUUGGGAGAGAUGCUUGGCAUCAGAUGCUGGUGGCGCUUUGUUGGCUGUUUUUGGCUCUAACGAGGAGCGGAGCAGUCUCCAGGUGUGUGGACCAUGCAUGUAGCCCACCAAUCGGGAACUUGGCUAGUGGCAGGACCCUCUUCACCCACUCAAGCUGCUGUGGGAACAGCUCCUUCCACCACAGUCCUUGCCCAAAUCCUCCGGUGAACCCCCACCUCCCCUGCCCCGAGGACACCCACCCAUCUGCUCACAUGACUGACGACCCUUUCUUGCAUCCGGAUACCUGGUGGGCAUCAGGUGCAGGCACCGCCAACCAGCAGCAGGAUGAGAUCCGGUUGGACCUGGAAGCACACUUCUGUCUGUCCCAUGUAGUUUUGGUGUUCAGGUCACCGCGGCCUGCUGCCAUGGCCAUUGAGCGUUCCGCUGACUUUGGAAAGACCUGGGAAGCUCUUAAGCUAUUUGCGCACAAUUGCAGCAUGGAGUUUGGUUUGCCUGAUGAUUUUACUCAGCCAGGCUCUUUGUGUACAUCCCGUUAUACCAGCCCUACACCCUGCAGCGGGGGGGAGGUAAUAAUACGGACACUUGACCCCAGCAGUGUUAAAAGACUGGACCCUUACAGUCCAGAGGCCCUCGUCCGCCUCACGCUCACUAAUCUCCGCAUCAGACUGCUAAAAGCUCAGACCUGUCCUGCACCUCUAAAUCCCCCUGCGGAGUUGACAAGCCCCACAGCCUCAGCUCUGAAUUCAACAUCCACCAGAGAAAGCCCAGCUUCGGCACCUUAUGCUAUUUAUACUUUACUGGCCAGAGGGACCUGCCUGUGCCAUGGACAUGCGGAGUACUGUGUACCAUACAACAGCAGUCAAGACACAAGCCAGGACAGUAACAUGGUGCCUGGUAGGUGCCUAUGUACUCACCACACAGCGGGGGAUCACUGUGAGAAGUGUGCCCCGCUCUACAAUGAUCGUCCCUGGAGGUCUGCCAACAGCAGCAGCGGGGAGUCCAACCCAUGCCAGAAGUGCCAGUGUCACGGUCACGCAGAUAGCUGCCACUUCUCUCAGCGGGCAUGGCUUUCCUCCAGUGGCAUCAGUGGGGGCGUUUGUGAUGACUGCAGACACAACACUGUUGGGCGCAGGUGCAAGCGCUGUCGCCCCGGCCACCACCGCCACCCAUUGCUGCCCCUCAACUCCCCCCACGCCUGCACACGCUGCUGGUGUGAUCCACAGGGCUCUUUGCCUACUCGUCCAGGAGAGGAGGGACCCUGGUGCCACCCUAGAAGCGGGCAGUGCCACUGCAAAUCUGGUGUAGGCAGCAAGAGCUGCAGCCACUGCCUGCCUGGCUAUUGGGGUUUUGGAGAGGAGGGCUGUAAACGCUGCACAUGCCCUCACAGCUGUGAUCCAACCACUGGGCAGUGUCUGGACAGCUCCUCAAAUAACCAGGUGUUCAAUGUGCCCAUUGGUGGAAAAAUCCCUGAUCUGGAUCACAUGUUCACGAUAGAAGAAGAGGUACAGUGGUCGAAGGAGCUUGCGGUCUCUGCUCUGCAUUACACAGGAAAGUGUAGCUGUAAGGAGAAAAAGCUGAGAAGUGUGUCUGACCUCUGUAAGAUCAAAUAUGAUUAUGUGAUCAAGGCCAGUGUGCUGUCUGCUCACGACAAAGGCAGCCACGCAGAAGUGCAGGUCAAAGUUUGCAAAGUCCUUCGAUCAGGCAAUGUGGCACUCUACUUAGGGACCAUCAGCAUCUAUCCUCUGUCCUGGACCAGCCGCGGCUGCACCUGUCCUAUUCUAAACCCAGGUAAGGUAUGGAGUACCUGCUGGCAGGCCCAGAGGAGGCCGGGACAGGCCGUCUACUGGUCACCAUGCAGAGUGUGGUGGUCCCAUGGACACCCCGACUCGGACUAAUUAUAUCAGAGGGUCUGAGGAAUGGAUGUACGUGAAUAGAGAUCCAAAAAAAGCAGAACUGGCUUCAGAGGAUUUCUUAAGGAAAUUUCAGACUGUGGACAAUUCAGAAAAAAGACUGAAAGUCGCUGGACAAUAUGCUGCGUCAUAAGGACGUUAUCAAAGAGUCAAACUCAUGAUCGUUCUCGCUCAGAACAUUGAAGAAAGGUACUCACAACGUGCGAGUGUGCAACACAAAAGACAAAUGAAUUCCUGGAUUUGUUAAGUCCAACAAAUAUCUUCUUCAAUGUCUUUAAGUUGUUAUCAUACAGAAAAUAUAAGAAGCACAAAACCCUUGAGCUUUAGCUCUUUGAAUGUCUAGUUGGGUUGCAUUACUUGUAUUUAAAACUUUUGUUGUAAAUGGUAAAUAUAAUACAUUUUGAAAAUAAUUUGGAUUCAAUGAAAUGAAACUAUAAAUUACUAAUAUACAGGCAAUAUAAUGAGAUAAGUUAAAGCUGUAAAUAUGAUGGUGUGGUUCUGUCUUAUUGUCGUCAACUUGUAAAUAUUCUGGGCAACUUCAGAGAGAAAAUCUCAGACUUUCAACGUGUAAAGAUGAACAUUACUGACA